GAUUGGAACUAGAACAACAAACUCAACAAACUCUGCCUCGGCCACAACACGAACAAAGUUUGGCUAUACCCAAACGGAAAGAUCGUUCUUCAAUCAUGGUUCUUGAGAAGAUGUGGGCUAGUGAACUUCAAUCUCUUUUCAAACAUGUCGAAGGGGCCUCCAAGUUCAUCCAACCUAUACCUGGUCGUCAUGUCCUUGCUGAAAGUGGAAGAUGGCAAGAGGUUAACGUAGGUACGUGGAAACCAAACAAUUUAACUCACAUAUUUGUAUUGAAUGAUCUUUUGUUAAUUGCAAACAAGAAAGCUUCAAAUAAGCCAAGUUCUACCCCUUCUGACAUAAAGAAAUCGAAGUCAGGAAGAUUGCAAGCAAUUAAUUGUUGGCCCUUGACUCAAGUAUCCCUUUCCGAGAUUAAACCACCUGCAAAUGUUCAAACCGAUGGCUCCAAAGUAUACCUCAUCAAUGCCAAAUCCAAAUCGUUCAGUUUUGUCUAUCAAACCGACAGAUAUGAUCAUUUUCUCAAGAUUGUUGAUCUGUUCAAUAAAGGACGUAACGAAAUGGUUCAAAAGGAAAGAUUGAACAAGACAUCUCCCGCAUUCUCUCCAUUGAUGACUGGAGAUACCAGAGAUGAGAAACGACAAUUGCGAGAAUCCCUUCGAAGUUCCGGUAAUUACGAAGGUAUCCUUGAUGAAAAGAGAAUGAGUACUCCAAGCAAUCGAAACUCGCGCGAUUUUGUCCUUCAUGAUAUUUCUGCUCGAGUUCAUUCAAGAAAUAGAUCGCAUGAUUUUACAACUGUGAUGAAUGAUAAGGAUGGGUCCUUUUUCAAUGAAAUCAAGACUUUGGAAGAUCGGUUGGACGAUGUUGAUGUAGAAUUGUCCCACAAUCAAUAUGCUGCUGCCGUGGGACUUAUUUGUCAUAUUGAAACCAAAUUGAAAUCAAUAGAAUCUUCAUUGACCCAGCAAAAGUCAACCAAAGAAGUACAAGAUGAAUUCUUCCUUCUUGAAAUUUCGAAAUUGAAAAUCAACAAUAGAAAGGAAAAUGUUCAAAAUUCGUUACAAUUCAACCUUACUAACAACAUAUCUAAAUUAACCCCUGAAGAAAUUGAAUCGAUAUUAGUAUACUAUGAUAGUUUUGGACAUUUGACUGAAGGUAUCAAGACUUACCUUGAUGCUGUAUCUUUAUAUUUGGCAGCCACUGCUUCUCGUUUAAUUGUGGGAUUACAAGGCUCGACCAAGAUUGACGUGGUUAAUUAUCUUUCCAACUUGGUGGUUAUCAAUGUGGCUAUUGUCACGAGAACAAUCAAGACCUAUAACAACAAGAUAGUGCCUAUUUUGAGCCAACAUGAUGAUGUCGAUUCCAGUGAAUUGAUUAAUUGGUGUGUUGAGGAAAUUACUAAACUUUCCAAACAAAUCAACAAGAAUCUUUAUGGAACUUUGUUAACUUCAGCCGAAGUGGAGGUUGAAACCAAUCAAACGAUAUACAAGAUCAAGGAUGAAAAGCUAUACAGUGAGUUUAUCAAUUUAAUGAUUCCUCAAUUGAACGAACUAAAAAAGAAUGGUAUAAACGUGGACUACAUUUUCGACCCAAUACUAUCGUUGUAAUGAUGUAUUAAAUAAAUAAGAUAACCUAUAAUUUAUCGUAAUAUUUCCCAAUGUCGUAAUGUUCCCUAAAAUAAUCACCUCUUCUUUUUAAAUAGAUCAAAAUUAGCGAACUUACCACGAUGAUCCCUGUAAGUAUCGAAAACAAAACUCCUGGACCAAGAGCACGCAAUAAAGGUUCCACAAUGAAUGUAGCUACUGCUGCCAAGAUCAUUCUGAUUAAAUUGUUCAAUGCUACUCCGGUAGCACCUUUACCUGGCAAUGUAUCGACCAAAUAAGUAACGGUGGCUCCAAUAACCAACAUGGUGGAGAACCCAAACAAGGCAGUACCAAUCAAAGGAACAACCCAGAAUACACCUUUAUCCAAGGCCCAUCCAAAGAUUAUACAUGCCAUAGGGUAUAAUGCCAUGGCAAGAACAAUAUUCCAGGAGAUACGUGAUUCAGGAACAGUAGCCCCAUUAUGGGUCAUUUGGUACUUUUUAAACAAAUAAUCGUUCCAUCUUCCUCCCACGAGUGAAGCAAUGACAUAAGUUACGGAAUUCGGAAUAUAAAGAAGACCAAUAAUGAUUGGAUGGAAGUUGUAUGGUGGACGAGCAAAGUUAUAUGUGAUUGUCAUGUUGAAAAAGUAAAGAAUAGCGAACGUGAUGGCGGAGAAUGCAACGACAAGGGCAACGGGUGGAUAUUGAAGAAGGACAAUUGAAUGCAUGGGACGAAUUGUAAGAUCGUACAACGUGGUUUUCCAUUGACCCUUAUGUGGAGAAGUAGCAUUGGUUAUAGCUCGAGAAAGUUCCUCUUCUAAUCUUUCCUUUUGGGACCGAUGGGUUGCUACUGAUUUGUUGGUGUUGAUUCGAGAAAUGGUGGGCAUCACAGGAUCAACAACUGGUCCUUCUUCUUCUUCACUUUCUUCAAAUUCUUGGGAUAGUUGACUAAAUGCAGAACGUACACUAGGAUUACUCAUUACUCGUUCCAAUGCCGUUUCUUCUGAGCCAGUAUUACUUUCAUCUGCCAAUAUCAAGUCUUUAUUUUCUCUUAACAAAUCCCUAAUUGCUUGUAAAUUUUCUGAUUUCCGAAGUGUUUCAGGCAAUAAGAACAUUAUAGAACAAAAGUUACAUCCUGAAAAUAUAACCAAUAACCAUUGAGUUGCUCUCCAACCCCAUGCUUGUGCGACAAUACCACCUAAGAUAGGAGCAAGGAAUGGUCCCAUAAGCGGACCGAGAUAAUACCAACCCAUAGCAACCCCUCUUUCCUGGGGGAUAAACAAGUCAGCAAUUGUACCUGCACCUACAGCCUGAACACUAGCAGAACAUCCACCUUGCAACACUCUGAAUAUAAUCAAUCCAGCAAUGUUGGGGGAUAACGACGUCCCAAUAGAAAAUGCGAGGAAAAGUCCGAAGGAAAUCAUAUACACUGAUCUUCUUCCAUACCGUUCACUAAAUGCCGACCACCAAAGAGGGAAAAUCCCCAAUGAAAGUAAAUACACCCC